AUGAAUCAACAACAGAUUGUUAAUGAUCAAGUUUUAGACAAUAUAUCUAGGUCACAAGAUAAAAAUGUUUUAAAAGAUUUUUUAAAAAAGGGAGAUUUAUCAACCACUAAAAAUAGUAGAAAUCAAACAUUACUUCAUUUAAUUGCAAUGAAUGAUAAUAUGGUUGCAUUGAAAUUUUAUUUAAAAAAAAAAUAUGUUGUUUUCAAAGGUACAAACAUUGUUGUAGAUCAAAGAGAUAAAGAUGGUUAUACUCCAUUACAUUGUGCAGUUAAUCAAGGUUCAUUUGAAAUUGCUAAAAAAUUCCUUUCAAGAGGUUCUGAUCCAAAUGCAAGGACUGAAUCUGGUUCAACACCAUUACAUUUAUUAUCAAAAUUUUGUCAUUCAAAUAAAUCAAUUAAAUUAGCAAAGAAAUUAAUUGAUUAUGGGGCAUAUAUAAACCAUAAAGAUAGUAAACAAGAGACACCAUUACAUAGAGCUACAAUGUUAAAUGAUAAUUAUGAUUAUUUGAAAUUAUUAUUACAUCAUGGUGCAAAUCCAAAUAUUGUUAAUAAAAGAGGUAGAACAUGUCAACACAUUUCAAUUGAACAGGGUAAGGUUGAUUUGUUGGAGUUAUUUUUAAUGUAUGGUGCAGAUUUUAAUAAAUCGACAUCAAUGUUACCAUCACCAAUUGAAAUGGCUUAUCAAUCGGUAUUUCCAUCAAUUAAACAAUUCUUUUUAAAUAGAGUUUCAACAAGAGGUGAGAAUAUUUUAAUGAUUGAAAAAGCUGUGUUUUUAGGUAAACCAAUUUCAAAUUUCGUUCAAAAUGGUGACUCUUUCACAACUGGUACUUCAACUCAACUUUAUACUGGUAAAUUAUAUAUUACAAAUUAUAGAAUAGUUUUUAAAAUUGAUCAAAUUCAAAAUAAUCAAAUAGCUUCACCACAAUCUUCAAUUUCAACUCAAACAACAUCAUCAUCAACAUCAUCACCAUUAAUUAUAAUACCAUCAAUAACUGUAAAUAAUAAUCAACAACUACUACUAUCACCAUCACCAUUAGCAUCACCAUCAUUUAAACAACAACCACAAUUACAAUUAAAUUCAUCAACAUUAUCAACAUCGUCAACAGGUUCUACAUCAUCAAUGGCAACAUUAGUAAAUACUUCCAAUACUACCACACCUACCACCAAUAAUACAAUAAUUAAUAAUGAUUUUCCAUUGCUUGAAGAUGAAGAGGAAUCAAUACCAUUAUUAUCAAUUUUAAAUUUAAGAACUGAUGAUGAUAAGGAUAAUCAAACUGGUGAUUUAGAUUCUUCAAAUAAUAAGGAAAAUAUAAUUGUACCAAAUUCUGAUCUUAAUUUUUCACAUGAAAAUAUAGUUGAUGAUUGUCUAGUUAGCUCAACAAUAUCAUCAUCAAAUGUACAAAAUAAUAAUAAUAACAAUAAUAAUAGUAGUAGUAGUAGCGGUAGUAAUAGUAAUCAUAAUAGUAUAACACAAAGUGCAUCAUCAAUUUUAAAUACAAUAAUUCAUUUUAAUAAAAAUAUUGGAGGAAGUUUAUCAAUUAUAUCUCACAAUAAUAAUAAUAAUAAUAGUCCAAAUAGUAAUAAUCCAAAUAAUAAUAAUCUAAAUAAUAAUAAUAAUAAUCAUUUAUCAACACCACCAUUAUCACCAUCACAAUCAAAUUCAUCAUUUAUUAACGAUAAUCAACAACAACAAAAACAAGAUAUAACAAUGAAUUAUCAAUUAAUAAAUAUUGAAACAAAAGAUUUUAAACAAUUUAAAUUAUAUUUUUUAUCAUUAUAUGUUAGAGAUAAAAUUAUGGAAUUAAUAAGUUAUCAUUAUAAAGAGAAAAUCGAAAGAUUAAUUAAAGUUGAAAAUCAAAAUAAAUCAAUUCAAAAGAAAAUAGCGGAAGAACAUAUUCAAAUGCAUGAUGAAUCUAGAAUUCAACAUAUUGAUCGUUAUGAAAGUUAUGGUGUUUUUGAGGAAAGUACACCAUUUUUAUUUGCAUAUCUUUAUAAACCAAUUUUUAAUUUUUCAUCAUCACAAUCACCAUCACCAUCAUUAUCAUCAUCAUCAAAUUUAUCAAAUUCAGUAAUAAGUAAUAAUAGUUUUAAUAAUAAUCAAAAUAAUCAAAAUAAUCAAAAUAAUAAUAAUAAUUUUAUAAAUGGUUGGGAAAUUUAUAAUCAAAAGAAAGAAUAUUUAAGAUUUAAUAUUAACAUUGAUGAAAAUAAUAAUAGUAAUUGUUAUUGGAGAGUGACAUCAAUUAAUAAAGAAUAUAAAAUGUGUUCAAGUUAUUCAAGUAGUUUAGUUGUUUUAUCAAAAACAUUGGAUAAAGAUUUAGAAAAGAUAUUUUCAUUUCGUAGUAAAGGUCGUAUACCAUCAUUAUCAUGGAAAGAUCCAAAUUCAAAUGCAUCCAUUAGUAGAUGUAGUCAACCAUUGGUUGGUAUUGAGAGGUCACGUUGUCCAGAGGAUGAAUUAUAUUGUAGUAAUUUAGCAUUAAGUGCACCAUCUAAAACAUUAUAUCUAAUUGAUGCUAGACCCAAAUUGAAUGCCUAUGCAAAUACUGCAAACGGUGCUGGCUUUGAAAAUAUUCAUAAUUAUCCAAAUUGUAAAUUGGUUUUUAUGAAUAUUCCAAAUAUACAUGUAAUUAGAAAAAGUUUAGAGAAAUUAACAUCAUCAAUGAGAUCUUCAACUCGUGAUAAAGAUCAUACUGAAAGCACCGAUAUGAGAUGGUGGGGUUGCAUUGAAGAAACCGGUUGGAUAUCACAUAUUAAAUCAAUUUUGGAAGCUGCUACAUUCUCUGCCGAUUUAAUUUUAAAAGGUAAUAGUAUACUAGUUCAUUGUAGUGAUGGUUGGGAUAGAACUCCACAAAUUACUUCAUUAACUCAAAUUCUAUUGGACCCCUAUUAUCGUACUAUUGUUGGUUUUCAAGUAUUAAUAGAGAAGGAGUGGCUUAGUUUUGGUCAUAAAUUCUCUUUACGUCUUGGUCAUUUACCUGGUAAUGAAGAAGAGAGAUCUCCAAUUUUUCAACAAUUUUUAGAUUGUUGUUUUCAAUUGUGUAGUCAAUUCCCUUUACUUUUCGAAUUCACACCAACAUUGCUACUCUUUAUAUCAGAUAAUAUUCAUAGUUGUAAAUAUGGUACUUUCUUAAAUAAUUGUGAAAAAGAUAGAGUUCAAGAUCAAGUUAAAUUUAAAACUACUUCAAUUUGGUCUGAAGUUCAUUUUAAUAUUCAUAAAUUUUUAAAUCCUUAUUAUAAUCCUCAAGAUAUUCAAUCAAUUAAACCAAAAUUAUAUUCACGUUGUUUAGAACUUUGGAAAGCUUGUUAUAUGAGAGUUGAAUCAAAAGAUUUUUGGAUGCAUAGUAAUUGGUUAUUACAUAAUUCAACUUUUAAUUUUCAAAAUAAUCAAAAUAAUCAAAAUAAUAAUAAUACUAAAAAUAAUUUAAGUAAAUUAUUUUUACAAAAUCAACAUCAACAUAAAAAUCAACAACAACAAAAUAGUGAUAGUACUAGAGCAUCAAUUUCAUCAAUUUCUUCAAGUAAUAGUUAUAAUAAUGAUACUACACCUGCUCAUUGGAUACCGCAAAAUAAACAUUCCCAAACUCAACAUUCACCAAUACUAGCAUCUCAUAGACCUACUUCAAUUAUUAAUGAUUUAAAAGAUAUUUAA